CUGCCAGUUGCCGCCAUCUAUACAUAGCCGCAGCAGCUCACCACCUUCCUUCCCUUCCUUUCCCUUUCUCUACUCUUUAUACUACCAUCCCUCCAUUUCUUCCCAUUCUACCUCUCCAUUUGUUCCCCUUUCAUCCCUUCAAAUCUCCCAUGGCAACACCAUCCGCACCUUCUAAAGAAGAAGCUUCCGAGACUCUAAAAUAUCAGACGUGGGUAUUGAAGGUGUCAAUCCACUGCGAAGGUUGCAAGAAGAAAGUAAGGAAAGUUUUAAAGGACAUCGAGGGGGUCUAUGCAACGUCGAUCGAUUCCGUGCAGAAUAAGGUUACAGUCACGGGCAACGUGGACUCCGAGACUCUAAUCAAGAAGCUUUUGAAAACGGGCAAGCAUGCCGAGCUCUGGCCUGAGAAGAAAGAUAAAAAGCCCUCAAAAUCCGAGGGCAAAAAGGAUAAAGAAGUAAAGAUAAGCGAAAAUGGUGAUGGCGAGAAGAAAUCCUCAGCAGCUGCAAUAAGCAAAAAUGGCGAGAAAGACAAGAAACUCGCAGCAACAGAAACCACCGACACAAAAUCCGCUGCAAAAACCGACGACGAAGGGUCGGCCGUCGACGAAGAGUCGGCCGUCACUGAAAAAACCAACGGCUCCCAAAGCAAGGACUCGAAAAAGACGGAAGACACCCCCACCGAAAAUCUGACCCACUCACCGCCUCAAACUAACACCGGCGAGAGCAGCGAGAAAGCCGGCGGUGGCAGCGGUGGUAAAAAGAAGAAAAAGAAAGGGCAAAACGCCAACAGCAACAACAGCAGCGAUGAACACCCCACCGCCGGCAACGGGAAUUCCGGCGAACCGACCGGAGAUGCGGCCAACAGAGCGGCUUCCUUCACUUUCAACCCAACAAAUCAGCCUCCAUACCCGUACCCGCCACCGUUCGCUCCUCAACCCAUGUACGUGGUCAGUUACAACACAGCGCAUCCUAGCAUGAGCCAUGGAGUCUCUUACUACGCUGCGCCACCCCCUUAUUAUGCGCACCAACCGGACAUUUCGGAAUCUUACCCGCCGGCUCCGUCGGGAUCUUACGACAUGUUCAGCGACGAAAACCCGAAUGGGUGCUCAGUCAUGUGAGGUGGUGUGAGUCGGAAGUGCAUACAGCGUGUUUUGGUGUAUGUGCAGUUAUUUUUGUAAUUAUGUAUUAUAGAAAGAGCUCCGAGGAAAUGAAAUAAAAUGCUUUUUGGGUGUUUUGUGGUGUAA